AGAGAGAGAGAGCACACACGAGUCCCGGAGCCGCGAUGACGCAGUUGUAGCUUACGUUCUCCCUGAGCACGGAAUCCCGUCAGUCCAGGACGCUCACAGCUGGUUCCCACUUUUCGGAGAGUUCCCGCCGCACACCGGUGUGAUGCCCGCCGGGAUGUUCAGCAUCGACAGCAUCCUGUCCGCGCGGCCGAGCUGUAAGGAGCCGCUGCUGCUGCACCGGAGCGGCCCGGUGGUGCUGUCCGCCGGCCUGACGGACUCUCUCUACACCGACUACAACGGACUGUAUUCAGCCACGUGCGGGCCCGUGGCCCCCCCGGUGCAGCCCGUGAGCGGGAGCAGGAUCGGAUAUAAUGGCUACUACUACAGCCAGCUGCACGUCCAGGGCGCCGCGGCAGGGCCCCCGUGCUGCGGCUCCGUGCCCGGCCUCAGCCCGCAGCAGUGCCCCUGCAUCCCCACAGGCUAUGACAGCCCGGGCUCGGUGCUGAUCUCUCCGGUGCCCCACCAGAUGAUGUCCUACAUGAACAUGAGCAGCCUGUCUCGGACCGAGCUGCAGCUCCUCAACCAGCUGCACUGCCGCAGGAAGCGAAGGCACCGCACCAUCUUCACGGACGAGCAGCUCGAGGCUCUGGAGGGCCUCUUCCAAGAAACUAAGUAUCCGGACGUCGGCACUCGCGAACAACUUGCCCGCAAGGUCCACCUCCGCGAGGAGAAGGUCGAGGUGUGGUUCAAAAACAGACGUGCGAAGUGGAGGAGGCAGAAAAGGUCUUCAUCGGAAGAAUCAGAGAACUCUCAGAAAUGGAACAAAUCCACUAAAACGUCCGCGGAGAAACCCGAAGAGAGUAAGAGCGAGGUGGACUCGGACAGCUGAUAACAGAGCGGACCUAACACGGCCUCAUCGGCUUGUCCCGUGGAAAUCGAUGUGGACCCCGAGACAUUGUGGUGGUGUGGUGUUGCCAUGUUGCACAGUUGUAUAUAUAUCUACAUUUUAUUAUUGACUGUGUUCAUUAUUUAAAUUUAAUUUAAGCUGCUUUUGUAACGUUCCACACACAGGGAUGAGACGCCCUCUGAACUGACUGACGUGUGAAUAUAUCGUGAUGUUCUCUAUAUGUGAUAUUUUCAUGGAUAUUAAAUGUUGUAAUUCUA